AUGAAUAUGUUCGCAGCAAUUGCUUCUGGUAACCCUUUGCAAUUAUCCACAGAUGUCCCUAACUCAAAUGGGCUUCAGCAUACCAUUGUUUUAUCCUCCACUAAACCCAAAUUUUAUUCUCAUAUUACAUUAUUCAUAUUACCCAAUGUCACAUUUCCAGAAAAUUACGUAGCUACAAUUUUCUUUAAGUUAGCGCCUAAUGAAGAUUUCAAGUUAUUUGGGUACUUAGACAAUGAAAAACCUAGUGCAAUAUUUAAAGUCAAAUUACCAAAUUCUAACUCAAUAAAUAAUGAUUUCGGAGAUGGAUUAGGAGAAAUUGAUAUGGAUGACGAUGAUGAUGCUACCAGUAAUUCGAUGAGUUCUAAUAAUACAUCAUAUGGCAUGGCUCCAAAUCCAAAUAAUCUUUCACAAGUCAUAAUCGGUAUUUCUAUUGAACCACAGGAUAUUGCAAGAGAAAAACUUGCAGAGUGGAGGGCUAGUAAGAUGUCAACUACAAAUAAUAACAAUUCUUUGGUCGUAUCGAAAGGAAUCCCAGAUAUUGCAACAGCAUUGAAUAUAAAUACAGCAGGUCAAUUGGCCAAAACAUAUCCUGCAUUGACGGAAGAACUGGCGGGUAAAAUUGUUCAGCAUGCAUACAAUUAUUUAUCAGGAUUUUUAGAUCCAUUAGGCAAUGUAUCGAUUAAGAGAUUUGAUAGUUGGUGGGAUAAAUUUAAAGCUAGAUUAGCUAAUGACGGCACAUUUCUUGACGAAGUAACGAAAGAUUAG